AUGAAGUUCCGAAAUUUGGGCAUGCCCUUGUCUGUCAAUCCCUCUAGGACACCACUUCCAGCGAGCUUGAAAGCACGUCAUGGCUGGAGUUUGCUCGAAUUCGAGCUCGCCAUUCAGGCCUUGAAUGCCUCGCGAAAAGCCGUCUUAUGGAUAAGAGUUAUAAGACAGAGGCCUCUACGAGAUCUGGCAAAAGCAGCGCCAAAGGUUAAUGAUUUUGACAGGGGUGAAAAGCAAGCAGGAAGACGUACAAGCCAUCUUUUACAAGACGACCGUCUUAUGAGAAUCCAUCUGUGCUUUGUCUGUGCACAACCGUGCACGCUCUGCGACUUCUGUCACGACCCCUACGCAGGUUGUCUUAUGGAUAAGACAGCUUGUCUUAUGCAUAAGACAGAGCGAAGUAUUCGAGGUCUCACACCAACAUCGACCUUAUACCGCUAUCAACCCAAGCAUAUUCAGCAAGAACAUGAUAGCAUAAAGACUGCCUUGCAAAUGGGGCCCUCGCGUACGUGCUGCAUCAGGUCUCUAUCACUCAAGAGACUGAAGAAUAGUAGCGCUUUCCAAAGCUUUGCACGGACCCGUGCUCCCUCGUGUUGGCUCAGAAGCGAAGCAUAUCCUCAGGCUACUUUGAGUCGGAGCCCAGCCUUAGCACAAUUAAGCUUCGGACCCAAGCAUAGAAUCGAAAUCGACCGUCCGGUUCGAACACUCGCGGACUUUGCCAUAGUGGCAUGGCCUUGGACCAACAAAGCUUCCAUGCUGAAGAUAGACAUCAGUGACGUCCAGAACCUCCACAGCAGCAACAAAGCACACAGGCCAAAGAUACGAGAUGGGCUCUACGAGGGUAUAAGAAAGUCCAUCUCCUCCACCAAGAUCCCAUCAUCAACACAACAACAAACCCACCAGAGCAAAGCAGAAACUCAUUACAUUCAAGAUGCAGAUCAAGAACAUCGUCGCCACCAUUGCGGCCUUCUCGGCCGCCAGCGCCAUUGCUGGCCCAUUGCUAACUCCAAACGAGAGACUGAUUCCUUCCCAAGAGCCAACAAGAUCGAUGCCGCCUCCAUCAACCACAUGGCCCACGAAGCCUUAUCACGUGCCGGGGGCGACGAAAAGCCAACUGACGAACAAAUCCGAGAAUUGAUCAACAAGGUCACCGGCGCCGCCACCGCCACCGCCACCGCCAAGCGACAGAAUAAUGCUAAUCAAUGGGCAUGGGACAACCCCUACUGGAACCGAUACUCCUGGAGCUACAAUGGCCUUACCGCAAACUACUACUGCUACACCGGCGGAUCUUAUUGCUACUACGCCCAAUGGAAUCGGAGCUACAAUGGCUACCUCUGGUGGGGCUACUACAAUGCCUACUCUUGGCCCGUCAACUACAGCAGGAACUGGAAAACUUGGAACUACUGGGGCUGGUAG